GUUUACUAAGACAUUUUGUGACCAGUAGCCUAAGACGAACAGUAUUUGGGACAAAACUCGUAGUGAUCGAGUAUCGUCAAGAAAACGCCUAGGCAUAUCGUUAUUCUAUGCGAAAUAGCUGUCAGAAAGAAUAGAAUAGCUUAAUCCACCUCAUCUAAGGAAUGGCAGGUAAGUCAUUAAAAUGUAUAUGUACAAACAUUAUCGGCUGUUUUGCUUAGGUAAAAAAAAAAUGUUGAAACAAACAUGGUAUUUAUUUUUACUACUCUGACAUAUAUAAAUAUGAAGAAUAUUGCAAUGUUUUUGUUGUAAUUUUGGGCAAUUUUUUUGUACUUCGACAACAUGCAUACUUUCACUUUCGCUAUAGCCCUCAAACUCAAGACUGACCUGUGCACGCCCGAUCCACCGUCAGUAGAUCCACCGUUUUUUUCUAUCUGGAGCAGAUAAUUUGAUAACAAUGUGUGCGUGUGUGAUGAUUUGAUUAUCUUUCUCUAUUUGUGUGUGUGUGUGUGUGUGUGUGUGUGUGUGUGUGUGUGUGUGUGUGUGUGUGUGUAUAUCUUAGCCCUCGGCGUCCUUUAGGGCUAUGUGUGUCUGUCUGUGUCAGUGUGGGUGUUUGUGUGAACACGCCAUGUAAGCCAUGAACCAAAAUAUUAUUUAAGAACUGUAUCAUGGCUUCUUGCAUCAUGUAAGGUGCAAUCUGCAGUUGCUAAAUACAUUUUUUGUCUUUUAAAUUAAUGAUAUACCCAUUGAUUAUUGAAGAAUAUAACACAGAUGACUCAUGAGCAUAGUUCAACUGUCAAACUCAUCAAAAUAUAAGCUUGGUUUAUUCAUUUGUUUGUAACAAUGUAAAUGUAAACAAACACUGUAUAGCCUCAAAACAUGAUUAAACUAUAAUGUUGAUAUCAUGGAUGGUCAGUCUUUGCAUCCAUAGCUCUGUCCAUGAGUUUGAGAGUGGUUAAAUUUUUCCAGCCCCAUCCCUCAGCUGUUUACCAAAUCAGUGGAGGGGUGGCCACUUUCUUAUUGUUCGAGCUGAAGAUUGCCCCUUUAAAGGAUUAAUUGAAAUGUAGAAUACAUUGUAUGCACAAUUACAAAGCAGAUGCAUAAGACUUAGACAUCGCUCCAACAAUGAUUAAAUUGUAGCUCUGAUUAAAUCCUAUUUACUUUCAGCAGACAACCUCUUCAAUGCUCGGAAGAUAUUCAUAGACAGUGUGACGAAGACAGUGAUCAAGCAGCUUCUGGACGACCUUUUGGAGGACAAGGUGCUGAACGAUGAAGAGACAGAUUCAGUGACGGAGGAGAACAGCGCUAGGGCAGAGCAGGCACGAUGCCUCAUCGAUAUGGUGCGGAAGAAAGGGGUCAAAGCCAGUGAGAAGAUGAUUGCCCGAGUUCAGGAGAGAGAUCCUGGACUUCAUGACAAAUGUGGUCUGGCCCCCAGGCAGCUUGCCCAGAUGAGUGAGUGAAACUGAUACACCAUUCAAUUACAUCUGUCACAGUCCCAAACUUCUCUUAGACUUGAUAAGAGUUAGUAAGAACUUAGCAGAUACUGUAAAUUGAAUGUAACAUGCUGUAUUUUCCCUGCAGCACCAUCAUCGCCCCAGUUAUCACAAGAGGAGGAGCACCCAGUGUCCUCUGUCAUCCCCAGCACCAAGGACUUUAAGGAGGACAUUCUUCAGAGGAAGCGUCAUGAGGUUAGAGCUAUACUUGGUUGUCAAAGGAUAGAUCAGUGUACAUGUAUCGGUUUUCUGAGUGCCCCAAUAGAAUUAGCUUCUGAGUUUAUAGUUCUCGUAUUAGACCAGUAAGCUUGCUUAUGAACCCCUGGGGUUACCUGUGUCACAGUUUAGGAAACACAGUAAUUUAAGUUACUCUAAAGUCUUAAAAAAAUAAAUAAAAAUAAAUAAUCUAGGCGUGAAAGUAUAGUCCUACAGUGUAAACAAACCGUCAAAGUUUCAACUGGUAAAUUCACAUACUGCAAUAACUGUGUAACAAUGUGUACCUACACUGUUAUUACACAGUGGUUUUAGCAUGACUUGUAAAUUGGGACCAAUUUCCACACAUAUUUUGAUUGAGUAGAAUUGUUGCUGGGCUAUAUUACUGUUAAAUAACCUUUGCAGCUGUCAUUGCAUCAGGUUUACGUUCCAAUGGAUGAGUCUGGUCGGAAGCGCCUGGCCCUGCUCAUAAACAACGUGGAGUUUGAUGAUGAGAACAUGCUGAGACGAGGGGCAGUGAAGGAUGAGGAGAACAUGGAGAUGCUUCUCAGUGAUCUGGGAUAUGAUGUGGUGAAACACAGAAAUCUGUCUGGACAGGUACACAGGGGGAGGAAACAUCUCUCCUGCUUCUAGAAGAAUGUUUACAUGUUUCCUUAGUCUAUGGUUUGUCUCCUCUGACUGACUCAGUGUGCUCUUGCAGGAGAUGGACGAGGCUGUGAAAGCGUUCUCAAAACGUGAAGAGCAUUCAUUGUCGGACAGCGUCUUCGUGGUGAUGAUGUCUCACGGGGAGCUGGGAGUCAUCAUGGGUGUCCACUACAAGGAAGGGGACCCUAAACCUGAUGUCUUCCCCAUCAACAACAUCUUCAUACACCUGAACACAGAGAACUGCAAAGCACUGAUUAACAAACCCAAAGUCAUCCUCAUUCAGGCCUGCAGGGGAGGUGAUCCUUUCAUUGAUAUGUUUUUUAUAUUUUUUCUAAAUGUAUGUUAACCUUUUCUACUCAUGUUAAUUUGAGUAGAAUGCCUCCAUAUUAAAGAGGAUUUGCAUGUUGUUUCAGGCAAGGACGGUUCUGUUUGGGUCAGUGACGCGGUGCCUGGGCCCAGCCCUUACCUGGGGUUAGAGAGUGACUUAAUCAGGAGGGAGCACAAAGAGAAGGACUUCAUCUCCCUUCUGUCCUGCACACCAGGUGAGUGGGUCACAUUAACACAUUCUCAAGCAAUAUAUUGUUUGUAAAUGACUGUGAGUAAACCCUCAUUACAUUCCCUACCCUUUCAGAUACUGUGUCCUACAGAGAUCCAAAGAUGGGCAGCUUGUUUGUCCAGCACAUCAUCGAGACAUUCAACAACUAUGCCCAUAAUGAUCAUAUAGAAGAAUUGUUCAGGAAGGCAAGUAUCUGGAAACAGAAAAGUUAACAAUGCUCUUUCCUCAUUGCACUGAAUGGAAUGAUUGAUCAAAUUUGAUUUACUUUGAGCGACAAUAACGUGUUUGUAUUUUCUUCCACACAGGUCAUGGGUCGCUUUAAAGAUUUCCCGAGACAGAUGCCGACCAAAGACAGAGCCACUCUAACAAAGCACUUCUACCUCUUCCCAGGCCUCUGAGAAGUUGUGAUGGCUGAUGAAUUGUACUGUAUUCACAAUGGAGGAAUAAGGGAGGAACAUUGUUUUAGUUUUUUUUGUACGAUCAUCACCAGUAUGUUUUAAUUUGAUACUUAGAAUUAACCUUUUAACAUAUUAUUUUAUCAUCAACAAAUUAUUUAUCAUCAGCGAAUUAAAAUAUCCUCCUGUAGAGCUAGGUAGUCUUUUGUUCCAGCCCUGCACUAAC